AUGCUUCCCUUUCUGAACAACCAACUCCGUUACAUCGAGGUACUACAAAUACUGGCGUGCAAUCGCCGUGGCCUUGCUUCGCUCGCUUUCAAAAUCUUUACCGAUCCUAUCCUACCCUAUCACGAAACAACACCGAACACCGAACACCAUGCGGGAGACCAAUGUGCUUGCUCGGGAGUCCAGGGGCACGGUCACCUGUGUCACUGGGGCUACGGACUGCAAUGCGCCAAAAUAUGUGUAAGUGUUCGCAUCAUAUAUCUUCGGAAAUUUUUGUUUCUUUUUUUCUUUUUUCAAAUUUGCUUUUUGGAGAUGAGCUCAACCGACUCAGAAUGUAUUUGCACCGCGCAGGAUGCAACUUCGACAGGCACUUGUGGCUGA